GUUGCAGUGCUUUUUCGUAACUUUAAGACUCAGUGCUGUCCAUAACACAGCCAAGAUAAAGCUGACUGCAUAUCGGUUAACCUCAAGGUGAUCGACAUGUUGCCAGUGGUGGUGGUCCAUGGAGGGGCAGGUCACAUCCCAAAGGAGCGGUCAGAAAGGUCCAUUUCAGGGGUGUGCUCAGCAGCCCAAGCAGGGUAUGUUGUCCUCCAGGGAGGGGGCAGCAGCAUGGACGCUGUAGUAAAGGCUGUGACCCAUCUGGAAAAUGACCCCUCCUUCAAUGCCGGGUGUGGUUCAGUGCUGAACCAGAAAGGAGAGGUGGAGAUGGAUGCCCUUGUGAUGGAUGGGAAAACACUGGGCAGUGGUGCCGUGUCUGCUGUACACAACAUUGCCAACCCUAUCCAGCUAGCAAGACUGGUUAUGGACAAGACGAAUCAUCUGUGCCUGACAGCAGAGGGGGCCAGUCAGUUCGCCCGGUCCAUGGGUGUUCCUGAGGUGCCCCAAGAGUCCCUCAUCACUGAGUACUCCCGCAUGCGCUGGAAAAAGAACCUGGCACCUGAUGCCAACCCUGUGGAGUGCCAAAUGGGGAAGAUGGGCACGGUCGGAGCGGUGGCAGUCGAUAGCGAGGGCAACGUAGCCUGUGCGACGUCCACUGGAGGGAUCCUGAACAAGAUGGAGGGACGAGUGGGUGACACACCUUGCAUAGGGUGUGGAGGUUAUGCUGACAACAAGACAGGAGCAGUGUCAACUACAGGCCACGGAGAAGCCAUCAUGAAGGUUAUUCUAGCCAGACUCAUCCUGUUCCACAUGGAGCAAGGUCAGUCGGCAGAGGCAGCCAGUGAUUUAGCUCUGGCCUACAUGAAGUCCAGAGUGGAUGGGCUGGGUGGGGUGGUGACAGUGGACCCUCAGGGCCACUGGGCCGCUCGCUUCUCCAGCCUGCAGAUGGCCUGGGCUGCGGUCCAGAAAGAUACCCUGCACUAUGGCUUGUACAGCGGGGAACACUUCACCCAGAGCAUCGAUGACCCACGCUGACAGAAAAUACUCAUAUGGGCAAUUUUGCACUACUUUGAAAAAAUACACUGAAGUCAAGAAAAUUAAUACAACUUAAAACAAAUAGAAAUGAUAAUACAGUUUAAGGUGUUCUGCUGGACAACCACUUUAGGAGGAGAGGAGAAUCUUUGUAUCUUAAGAUGAUUUGUAACACGCUGCAAUUUCAAUUCUCCAAUUUUGCACUAACUUCAAAAAAAUGUAAGUGAAUAGAAAUUGACUAUGCAUGAGCUUUUUUUACACAGCAAGUAUUUUUAAAUCAAAUGAAAUAUUUUUCUGAGUGUGAUUUUCUAAUGACCUUUUGACAGAAAUAUGUCUUCUGAGCAGUUCAGGCCACACUGUAGAUGACAAAUCAACAAUCAUCUGAUCAUAUCUCAAUCCCGUGUAAUGUUAGUCGUUAUCUUAUCGAGAAUAUGGAUUUGAAGCUCUGUAUUGUCACAGACAGUCCAUGCGGUUGUGGUCUUGUGAUGUUGGCACGUCUACAGAGAUGGAACCAGAGCCAGUAUUUGUGAAGUGCUGUGGAUCAGAUGAGGAUUGUCAAAGCUGAAGCUCUGUGUUACUUAAACACUGAUUCUUGACAAUAAAUGCCUUUGAU